CUAAAUAAUUCAUAGAAACCGUUCUCUUUCCGAAGAAGAAUACCGCCCCCAUCGACUCCUUCUCUUUGGAUCCCGUACUGCAAACCAUAACAGCAGGUGGGCUGUCUUUGUUCUCCGCUAGAUAGGAAACUCGACUCUGUUCUUAUGGAUUCGAUUCUGCGACUUCCUCCAUCGCUGGCUUCACCAUUGUUUAAUCAGAACAGCUUCAUCAAUCUCCCAGCUCUCAGAGCUCCCGAGCUAGCUCGAUCCAGAGUGUUAGAUUGUUUAUCGAAUACAGCACCACCCCAUGUAGUUGUAAGACAACCUAGCUACUCAACGAAUCAUGCGUGGAAGUUGAGAAAUGUGAGGACCUUGGAACAUGAAGGGGAAAGAGAUGUUUAGUUUCAAACAUGAAAAAUUCUUUCCAACAGCACCAUGUUCUUUAGGCCAGUAAAACUAGAACCUCUUUUAUCGAUUGCAGCGUAGCCUGCGUAGGAAUCCAACUCUAUUCUACGGGUGCAGGGUGCUCAUUUCGAAACCCUAAUUUUCUCCUCCUAUGGGACUGAAAAUAAACUUUAGGCUGUAGAUCCAUGUUAAGCCUGACAUUAACGAACCCUUUUUUUAUCUUGUUAUUUUCUUAUAUAUCCUUCGUUUAACCUUUUAUCUUAAAAAAGUGUAUAAAAAUGUUGUGAUUUGUAAAGUAAUAGUUAUCUUUAUUUAUUUCAGUAAAAAAAAUAUAUGAUUAACAGUUUAUCUAUUAUCACCACAUAAGAAAUUUUAGAUGGUGUGAUAUUGUUGCAUUUCAAAAUAUAUUGUUGUCCAUGCAAUUUUGUAAGCUACAAUUAAUCUAUUUUUCAAUGUAAAAUAAGUAAAAACUUUAAAAUCCAAAUGAAAAUGGUAAGUUACCAUGAAAAGUAAUUAAUAUCAUGGCUCUGCGAAGAAAAGAAAUAAUCUUGGUUGUGUGCCUUGUCCGAUUUUGCCAAUCGCCUCAUUUUCUCUGAUUUUGACUUUUUCUAGGCUGAGCUCUGUAACAUUAUUGUCCCCAUCGGCUACUGGGGCCAAUAUUAAAUAUCUAUAAGAAAAUAUAUAAAUAUUAAAUAUUUUUUUUUUGUUUGUAGUGCGUGAGCAGCAACAAACAAUACCCGACAAUGCCUAUAAAGAAAUUAAUAAAAAAAAUACUACUCCACUACACGACAAGACUCCGGCGGCUCCACCAUUCAUAUCAUGACACGUGUCAAGCAAUAACUCAGAUCCCAUCAAUAUAAUAAAAAAUUGAAAUUUUGAAACCCUCAAAUCAUUUUGACUUGUGGUUCAGAAAGCUAUCUGGCUGUUGAGUGUUGCCUUAUGGGAGGAGCGGUUAGCCUCAUUGAACUAAUAUACUAUUCAGAUAGUCUUGAAUCGGGUUAAUACUUGUAAAAUCGUAUUUAAGGUUGUAUUGAAAAAAUUAGUAAUAAUAUAUAUUUAUUUUUAAAUUGCAGUUUAAUUAUUGUUCAAUUGUUUAAUACUUCUAAAAUUGUCUACUAGUUUGGGCCCCACUAGAUCGUAGGUAGUUUUUUGGUAAGACCUUUAUCAGGAGUCCCAAAUUCUCAACGCUAAGUAUCAUUGGUUUCGAAUAGUUGUUCAAAAUACCCUACCGAAAGCCAUGAAUUUGCUUGUUCGUCUUGAGUGAAUGAUACCACUAUCAUCUCCUACAAACAAGAUAGUAUUUUGUCUAGUCCUUUGAAUGGUUUUCUGGUGGAUGAACUGGGUGCUUGAAUUCACUUAUUUUAACUAGCUCAUUCGCGAUUUUUGUUUACAUUAAAUUAAUAAAUUUCCUUGUGAAUAUAACUUAUGCACCUCAUAUUAUACAUGUUUUUACUCCCUAUUUGACAUUAUUUGAGUUGUGAUUCCAGCAAGAUCUAUAUGUUUUGGCCAUUUUUAUUCUUGGUUUGGUGUUUUAGUGCGUUUCAGGUCAAUUGGAGAAAAUUUGACGAUAUUUGGAUGAAACACACUAUAAAUCGUGAUUAUGGAAAUCGGUGCAAUUUGGAAUGAUGCUUCUAGGUGGCUUAGUAAUUGAUUUUACGAGCCCAAUGCCCAGGAGCACACGAGGCUUUAGUUUGCACAGGUUGGACAUACCAUCCCUUGUGCUAAACAAAUGGCUAAAAAUGGGGUCGUCAUGAGGAUUCGAAACCAUGACCUUUCGGUUCUAGGCUCUGAUACCAUGUUAGCGAACUAACCACUUGGCCCCAAUAACUCGAGUUGUUGGGAAAGAGAUAGUUAAGCAUUUUAACCUCUUACACGCUCAGGUCAUGAUGAUUGGUUAAUGAAUUGAAGAAACAAAUAAGAAAAACAAUUAACGAGUUGAACAUAACUAGGGUCACUGGCAUGGCCACAGUCGUGUUCGAGCCUAGUUUUCAGUAGUAUUUAAGGCAAAUUAGGUUUUCUAGUUGGGGGGAGGCUAGAUAAGAAAAAUAUCUAAAUAUUGAGUUAGAGUCCAGAGAAAGAGCAUUUUUCAGUAGUGUUGAUAUGACUUGAAUCGGAUUAUCAGCCGCUACGACUGGUAAUCGGGGGUCUCGCUGCCCGGUCAGCGAGUGGGGUCCAGGGACAACGCCCCGGUGGGGGUGCGGGGGCGUUUCCUUUGCCUGAUUUGAUUAGGUUUAGACCCACACGGAGAAGUACUAUAAAUACUUCUCAUACUCCUCUGUAAUCUGUAAUCUCCUCGAUAUAGUGAAAUUGGCUCUCUCUCGCCCGUGGACGUAGCUAACACACAUCGUGUUAGUGAACCACGUAAAUCGUGUGUCUGUGUUUUCGAUUCUCGCUUUCGUAUUCUUGCUUUGUCGAUUCCGGCUAUUUCCCGAUCCGUAGCAGCGCGUUUAUAACAAGUAGCUCUUCACCAUAGGAGACGACUGGGAAGGACCUAUCAAGGUCUUUGCCAUGAAGAUUGCUCCUUCUUCUUCCUCUUCUGUGUUCAUUCUCUCACCCUCCAUGAAUUAACUUCCUCUUGUUGCUUGGGUACGAGGAACACUAGUUAUGAUUUUUGAAUAGAUGAUUGUAUGAUGAUCUUAUUUGUUUGAACUUAUGAUUAUAUAUGAUUGGUGCCUAACCAUUGAAUUGUUUAAGCCUUUAUCACAUUCUUUCAAUUCAUGCCUUAACUUAGAAGAGGAAUAAAUUAUUAGGUUAAUAUAGCACCAUUGAUUGGAAGUAGGGAAUCGACUGCACGAGAAUGAGUCGAUUUGCUGCAUUGUAUUAGGUGAGAAUCUUGCCUAAUUUAGGAAGCAUAGUUCAAAACUGUCUUGAUAUUACGUCUUAGUGAAGAUAGAAUCCCUCUAGACAGUCUAUUCAAAAGAGUUUUCUAUGUCUCAAUCGAAAUUCUUAACUGGUAAAUGACAUUUUGCAAUAUAAAUAAGAGCGAAAACG